GACAUUUACUCUUUGUUAUCUGUUCUUUCUUACUGUCACACACAUAUAGGACCAAAGUUCUUUCCUUAGACAAAGCAUUUUCACUCCGAUUCAAACCCCGCUUUUCGACCUUCUCCACCAAACGACGUUGGGCAAACGAUCGUCCUCCACACGUAUUCUACUUUCUCGAGUAACAUCCUCUAUCAUUUAGACAUACUAGAUAAGAUAGCAAUACAAAAAUGCCAGAAGAAAGAGUGAAAAGAACGGAUUAUUUUCAAUCUCAACCUAUACCAACUCCACCGAACCAAAGUUAUCAAGGUCAUUUCAGAGCUGAAUCGGUCGAUGUUGUAGAUGAUGAUUAUGAACCUCAUCAGAUAGGUAGGAGCGAUUCUAGGACUCCACUCACUCCUCCGCAUGAUACUAAUCACCUUCUCCCUAUCGCUCCCCAAGGUCCUACACAACAAUAUCUCUCACCUCCUCAACCACUCCCAACCACCGGUCUUAACGCUGCAGGCAAUAGGGUACAUUAUCCACCUUCGCCCUACAUGGCCAAACAUCAAGAAUACUCUACCAUCCCUCUCAACGAUCAAACCCCCAUCUCUGGACGAUCCUCACCCAUGCCCACUCCCGUAUCUGGACAAUCGACACCUAAUGGGACAGGUAACAAAAAGAAACAUUGGUCAUUUUUACCUAUGCAUUCCACACCGUCGUCUCUUGAGGCCGGGGAAAACAUUAAUGAGAAACAAAAGAAACGUCCUAAGAGCAGUAGAAACAACAGUUGGGAUCUUUUGGGUGAUAGAGCUGAAUGGGAUGAAUUCAAUCCUGCUCAAGCGAGUGUGGAGAAUUUGCGUUAUGCAGAAGGUGAUGUGGGGACCAAUAAGUUGAGUAGACUGUAUUAUUGGGCCCUCAACAGAGGUAUCGUGGUUCGUUGGGCGUUGUACAUCCUUCCGAUCUUGGCUUUGCUUUGGCUACCUGGAAUCCUUGGUGUGACUGCGGAGAAGAACGCGACUAUUUGGCAUAUCAAAUUGAUAUGGUGGUCCAUCUGGGCCACUGUCGUUUGGGUCGGUUUCUGGGUCUCCACCGCGGUGUUCCUCAUGCUCCCUUCGAUCUGGCGUAACACGGUCGGUUCAAUCAUUCCCACAGCUCGUGCAUAUACCGAUGUCGUCCGUAACCUCGGCUUCUAUGCAAAGCUCAUAGCGUGGACAUUAGCCAACUGGAUUUCUUUCACCCCCCUGCUCAUCAACCAUUAUAUUGGAGACCAAUCCGCUACCUCGCGUAACGACCUGACCACAUUUGCCAAUGUCCUUUUCGGAAUCUUCCUCUGCACCAUUGUAUUAGCUGUGGAGAAGCUCAUCAUUCAACUCAUCGCCCUCCAAUUUCAUCGUGACUCGUACGAAGAUCGACUCAAGGAACAAAAGAUGAACGUCAGAUGUCUUACCACCCUGUAUAUCAACUCGCACGAUAUCCCGGGACGGAUGGAUACCCUGACAGAUGGCGCAUCAGGCAGCACCGGCAGGACUCGCGCUACGAAAAUUCCUCAGAUCGCUAUUCGCAAAGCUCUCAGAGGUCUCAAGUCGGCCGCUCAGAACACCACCACAGCCCUAGGGAACGUUGCCAGUGAAAUGGCAGGACAGAGUGUGUUGCAGACCAAUUCACCUGCCAACAAGGUUACCGCAGCUUUAUCUUCAGCGAACAAGAGCAGAGCUCUCGCUCGUAGGAUCUUUUAUUCUUAUCGUCAAGGAGGCGCCGACCACCUGGACAUUUCCGACAUUGCCAGAUACUUUCCUGAUCUGGAAACUGCCCAGGCUGCAUUUUCCAUCUUCGACAAAGAUGGGAAUGGCGACGCUACCAGGGAUGAAAUCGACGCUUCGGUUCUUGGCAUGCAUCGGGAACGCUUGAGUCUUGAAGCAAGUAUGAGAGAUCUUGACGGUGCUGUUCGACGCCUAGACGACAUCUUCAUGGUCGUAGUAGUUGCCAUUUCCAUCCUCAUUUUAGCUGCAACUAUCACGACGAAACUCACCACCCUCGUAACUUCCGCCGGUACCUUCAUCCUUGGUCUCUCUUGGCUUAUCGGAUCUACAAUGCAAGAAAUCCUAGGUGCUUGUAUCUUCCUCUUUGUGAAACAUCCAUACGACGUAGGUGAUAGGGUGGACAUUGAUGGGUCGGCAUAUACGGUGGUCAAGAUGAACUUGAUGUCAACUUCUUUCAAACGGGUUGAUGGGAAGUAUGUAUGGAUAGGACACAACAUCCUUACUACGAAAGUCAUUGAAAAUGUACGACGAUCUGGGGCGACUUCGGAAAGCUUUAUAUUUGAAGUUGACUUUGAGACUUCUUUCGAAACUCUUCAAGAACUUCGUGGUCGUAUGCUCCGAUUCGUAAAGGACAACUCGCGUGAUUUCCAACAUGUCUUCGACGUGACUGUCGAUGAUAUACCCGCUCAAGGCAAGAUGGUAUUGAAAGCGGAUAUCAGGUAUAAGAGUAAUUGGCAACAAGGGGCUUUGAAAGUUCAGAGGAGGAAUAAAUGGGUGUGUGCGUUGAAGAUGACAUUGAAAGACUUGAAGAUUUGGGGACCUGGUGGUGCUGGUGAUCCUUCACCUCCUCCCCCUGACCCGGUCAAAUACACAUUGGUACCAUACGAACCUACUCAACCUUCCGUUCAACCUGAAAGUCCACCACCAACAUUCCAAACUGCCACCGCGGCACAUCACGCCACAUCCCUAACCGGUCGACGAGAAGUCAUCAAUGAUCCUUCUCAGGAUAUAUGGGACGAAGAGGACGAACUUGGUAGUGCUUCACGUCCAGGAACACCGGGUCCUAAUACCCCUGUUACGGAUUCAGGUAUGAGACAGAGAUUACCUCCUGUUCAAGUCACGGAUGGAUCGAUAGAAAUGACUUCUGCUCCUGUUGCCAGGAGGUAAAGAUGGGAAUGGAUAGAAUCGCUGGUCGAUCUAUGGACUUUUUCGAGGUGGUGUUAUAGAGUUUGAAACAAAGAAUACAAAAAAGUACAUUUUCCAAUGCAAUUGUUAAAUCUGUUUU